AUGGAUGAUAUCUCGUUUCUGAAUCUUCAAGAAAUGGACUCGCUCGAGGCCACUGUCAUCAUUGACAAUGAGCUAGAUCCCAUGUCACCCGCAGCUCCCGAAACUGUUCGAAUUGGGGGCCAGAUGGCGAGCAUAGCUUUGAGAUCUGAUAACCAUAUUACAGACCGUGGCGAUGCGAGCAAAGAGUUACGGAUGGGGGAUAUCUGCUGUGCUGCGCAUGGAUUGUCUAUCCUUGUGACUGCUACAAAAGGAGAAACUAAGCACUCUGUUCUAUUCGAUAUUGGUCCAGAGGAGGACUCAUGGGAGCGUAAUGUCAAGCGCUUACGACCGGAUCUUGCAUCCAUUGAAGUUAUCCAGCUAUCCCACUGGCAUCGCGAUCACUCUGGUGGUCUCCUACGAGCAAUCCGCAUGAUCAAAGAAGCCAAAAGCGCUCAAGGUCGCACAGAUGAUCUUAUAGUAGACUUGCAUCCCGAUAGACCCGUUUAUCGGGGCAUUGCAUUUCCUCAAAUGCUCGUCUCUUUGGAAGCAGAUCCUACAUUCGAAGAAAUCUCCGAUGCAGGCGGUAUCAUAGAGAAACAUAGUGAAGCGCACACCAUCCUCGAUGACAUGUUCCUCGUCUCGGGCGAAAUCCCACGCGUAACGCCCUAUGAGACAGGUCUAAAGGGUGCAGUACGGUUUGACCCUGGAACGAAAGAUUGGUACUCUGAUGAGCUUAUCAUCGAUGAACGCUUUCUCGCAGUCAAUCUGAAGGGGAAGGGCAUUGUUGUCUUCACCGGGUGCAGUCACGGUGGUGUCGUCAACGCCUCAAAACACGCAAUGAAAUUCGCGCCUGUGAAUACCCCUCUUCAUUGUGUUGUCGGCGGUUUUCAUCUUGCUACUAGUGAAGAGUCACAGAUUCAAAGUACAGUUGCUGAUCUUAAGCGCCUUGAUCCGGCGGUCCUGAUGCCGGGCCAUUGCUCAGGCUGGCGAUCGAAAUUUGCCAUUGAGAAAGCCAUGCCAGGAACGCUAGUGCCGUGUACUGUUGGUAUCAAUAUCACUUUCUGA